UCAUGUAAACGAAGUGCAUUUUGUUGUGUGUAUGUAUGCGAGUGUGCGUGUGUGCGUGUCUGGGGCGCAAAGAAAGUUGCUUCUUUUUUUAUUCCUGUUCUUUUCAACGUGACGUGUUAGGCCUAUGUACAUUCUUCGUCCCAGUCUUUAAGAUGAAGAAGGACGGACAGAGUGAGGUUACCGGUUCAUCCACUGAGCUCCGAGAACGCGACUGUUCGAGACGCGUCGCAAUGCAACUCCAAUGAACGCGCAAUAACAAGCGUACUUGCAAACUUCCAAAAUGCCUAUUGACGCAGUUUCACCUAUUUCGAUAUCACUCUCGGCAACAAGAUAAGUUUGGUGGUGAUCGAUGGUCGGUCUCGGAGCUGACUGCAGCUGUUCAACAGUAUUGUUUUUGUACAAACGUUUGGCAAUCAGCAGAAGUGAAAGUCCUGUGCCUUUUAAUGUGCGAAGUGGUACAAUUUAAUGAAGCGUAGUUGACGUGCUGCGUCGGUCCAGUAUUUUUUUUAUUUUUUACAGCUACGACAUUUAUAGUAGAACAAUAAGCCAUAAGCAAAGCAGGGGGACAAUGCUGAAGACGUUGACAAAGAAGCUUAGAAGACAUUCGCUCAAUGAGAUCCAUCCCUUCCAGCUAAAGAUUUCUUACCAUGGCAGUGGGGAAGGGUUUGAGAGUGAUGACUCAGAGGGGGAAAAUCAGGAACUUGCACAAAUCGACAGAGAGAGGCGUCGGAACUGCGGCCUCACCCCGUUGGCCACCAGCCAGCAGCACAACCAGGGGCCGCUCUCCCCGGCCCGUCUACGCCGGCUCCGCCUACUCCUGGACGCCAACCUGGACCGCCACUCGUCGGAGGAGGAGCUUGAGCGCAUCAGCCGAAUCGGCGAAGGCAGGAAGUGGGCGUCGGCCUUGCACCAGCGCCACGGCGACCGCCACAGCAGCGCCUCCAGCGACGAGGAGGUGAGGGACCUGUGCGGCGCGGCCGGCGGUGGCGGCGCGGCUGGCAGCGGCGGCACCGGGGUCAUCGGCUGCGUGUCGCCCGUGAACCCGGCCAACCCUUCCAGGCCUCUGGUGGUGGUGGAGCAGCCUGGAGCUCACCUGGCCGCCUCCCCCAGCCCGGUGCUCUUCAGCUCCAGCCCCCCGCACAGCCUCAUGCCGCCCCCGCUGAGGUUCCAGCUGCAGGUGGUGCAGCCGGUGGCACGGCCCAUCCUCCUGACCCACUUUGACCAGUCGGCCGCCCCGUACCGCAGGAACCGCCACGGCCACGCCGGGGAGCCGCGCCGGCCCAGUCUGGACCUGGAGAAGAUGCAACAGAAAAUGCUGCUGAAAAAGAACUGUGGCGGGAAAACUCGAUCUAUAAAGAUCCGGAGCCUGGCCGCUGGCCGGCCCCCGGCCCCCAGGUACACGGGCCCCUACGACCCCUCCGUCUUUGCGUUCCGUUCGCUGAGCACCGCCCCGCCCUGCAGUCCGCUGAUGCCGUCCGAGGAGCCCCUGUCGGCGCCCUGAUCGAAUCCCGCCGUUGACAGUGUCUCCCAGUGUCCCCCCCCCCCCCCACACACCCCUUCUCUCGCCCACCCAUUCCAAGACCCCUCUCUCAAAGGACCAAAGGCGAAGGAGGAUGUUCGACACAGAGCGAAGCUGGAGGGAGACACGACCCCAUAGUGACAAUGUUGUUUUUGCACACUCAGGUUCCCCCCCCCCCCCCCCCCCCCCCCUCCUCCCUCUCUCUCGCUCUGUCAUGCUGUCAUCCUCGUCCACCCGUGUUCACUAUGAGGGGAAAUACCCAUGAACAUUUCCCAGGAGGAGGAGACGUUGGACUGGAGUUUGACGUCAGGCCAGUGUGGGUCCGCAGAGGUACUUCAGGUUGUCCACUCAAUCCCCCAGCGUGGGUGGAACUGUGAAACGUGGACCAGAGACAGUACAGAUGGUGUCCCUUUAUGGUCUUAAGGGGCGGAGUAAGUCGCGUUUCGACGUCAGGUCUUUUAGGGGAAGCGCAUGCGAGACAAUCGGAGCGGUUUAAUGUGCUUCGACCUUUGAGGGUUCUUGGUUCUCUUGCUAUCUGCUACAAAACGUCCACCUAAUUAUUGUUCCGGUUAAACUUAACACACACACGCACACCUUGUGUAAUGUAGUUGGGACACGGCCUACAGUGUGUCUUUAUUUGGUGUACUAUAUCAAAGCGCAGGACACCGGCUGGCUGUAGCAGACUCUACAACGAUAGUAGUUAAGUAGUGAUUCUCUUUGACCUUGUACCACAAUGUACCCUCAUUACUGACUUUUAGUGCGAAAGGGUAAAAAAAGUACUUGUUUCCCGCUCUACCUGCAUGAAUGCAACUGUUUUUGCAGACGCCAGGGAGGUCUGACUCAAAAAGUAUGGAAAUUGUUUGCUGUGCAAAAAUCAGGCGAGUCAAACUGGUGCUUUCUAGGCUACAGUGUAGUGUGUGCCAUGUUGUGUCCUCUGUAUAGAUGAAGGCCACCACCACGGUAAAGAUGACACAUUUAUGGUCGUUUUCUUCUUCUCUUUCAAACCCCUUAAUGCCUUGAAAUGACAUUCCUGCUGUGUUGGAUGUAAUAUUAGGCACUUAAAGUUCAAUAGUAGUAAUGGCGUGGUGGGGUGUAGACACAUUGGGCAACCCUUGCUCAACAUCGCCGCUAGGUCCUAUGAAUGUGUCUCAUUGUUGGCUAUGCUAAUCAAACACAAUGCCGCCACUGUAAUUGUGGUUUGCUGGAGUGAAUGUAACAUCGUGACAUGUUCCCCCUGCUGCAUACAAAUGAACUAAUAAAUGCCCUCUGGCCUCUUGUUUAUGAA